AGACCGGUGUUUACGUUAGGUAAUGUCGCUGUUAUGUAGCUAACCUAGCCGAGCUAACCCUGAGUGUGCUGUGGGAGCGUGUUGGUUCCGCUGUCGGUUCAAUGGUCUCCUCCUCCAGGCUCCGUCUGGUUUGGCGUCAUUUUGUCUACAGUAGGAUGGGAGACAUGGCCUCUAAAGCCCAGAUGCCGACUCCAGAGACAGCGCUGCCCGGGCGGACUGACAGCAUCAAAGUCUCCGCCAAACACGAUGUGAACGGCAACAAGACUGUUCCACCUUUCCCAGAGGGGACAGAGAUGGCCAUGUUUGGCAUGGGCUGUUUCUGGGGAGCAGAGAGGAAGUUUUGGAGACAAAAAGGGGUUUAUUCCACCCAGGUGGGCUACUCUGGAGGAUACACACCCAACCCCACCUACAACGAAGUCUGCACAGGUAAGACAGGCCACACUGAGGUGGUGAGAGUUGUCUUCCAUCCAGACCAGAUCAGCUUCCCCAACCUGCUCAAAGUCUUCUGGGAAAGCCACAACCCGACUCAAGGGAUGCGUCAGGGGAACGACAUUGGGACAACGUACCGCUCUGCCAUCUACACCUACACAGAGCAGCACCUCGAGGAAGCUUUGGCCUCCAAAGAUCAAUACCAGAAGGUUCUAACAGAGGAAGGUUUCGGUCCGAUUACAACAGAGAUAGCCGAAGCCAAGCCGUUCUAUUACGCUGAGGAUUACCACCAACAGUACCUGAGCAAAAACCCUGAUGGAUACUGUGGCCUGGGAGGGACAGGCGUCUCCUGUCCAAUAGGAAUCAAGACGAAGGCUUAGGUAUCCAACGACAGCCAAGAACUGAGAGAGGGUGCAACGAUGGAGUUAUCUUUAACCUUUAAAAUGCUCGGGGAUACAAAAAGCUUUGGGUUUUAAAUAUAAUUGUAUCUUUUAAUGUGCAUUAAGGUUCCCAUCACUGUCAAACGGCCUCACACCUGUGGACUUUUAAUGAACUUUUAAUGCUAAUAUUUCUCAGAAUUAAGUCGACAUUUCCCAUAAAAGCAACUGCUGAAUCUCCCUGAAAAUAACAAACAACUUUACACCAGUACACCACUGAUUUCACCAUCUGUUGUUGUUUAAGAAAUGUGAUGGUUGUAGCUCAGUUUGUGAUACAGGAAUGACAACCCGGUAAACUGCAGUUUAGAGACUCAGUCUUCUCAGCUCUUUGCAAUUGGUAAUUAUACCUGAAAAUGUAUGUAUACUAAUUGUAUUAUAAAAGUGAUGCAACACGUCACAUCCUUUCGGAUGUGGUACAAUUGCAUAUGGUGUAUAUGUAUGAAAUUGUGUAUAACCUAAUGCAUACCUGACACUCAUUUUUAUAAAUGAAAGAUUCUCACAAUUUGAACAAAACACUUGUUUAUCAGCUAUUUUGAAUUGUGGCAGCAGAUGAAAAUAAUGUUUUUUUGCUUCAUAAAUGAUUAAUGAGGAUGCUACUUUUAAACUGAUGUAGAGGAAUAAAACAAAAUGCUUCUGAAA